UUUUAAACGUUACAAUAAUAAAACUGUAGAUGAUUAGAAACAAAACAAUAGCUAAAGUGUCACAUAUAGUAAAACAAAUAAAAUGGAUUUUUUAACCACAGAAUGUGCUGCAAGAUCCGCGGGUCCGGCCAAUACAUUAAUGACGUUGUUAUUGCAAACCUUAAUAACAAAGUUUUGUGCAUUAAGUGAUCGAUCGCAUUGGCCGGAAGAUUAUGGUGAUCAUAUCGCUAAGAAAGGUUUAGAAGACUAUGACUUUGUAGUAGUUGGUUCUGGUAGUGCUGGUUCUGUAGUUGCUGGACGUCUCAGUGAAAAUCCCAAUUGGAAAGUUUUACUACUCGAGGCAGGUGGUGAUCCACCCAUUGAGACGCAGUUCGUAGGUUGGCAUAUGGCUACCCAAUUUUCCGAAUGGGAUUGGCAAUAUCAUACAGAACCGAAUGGCAAGGCUUGCAUGGCCAUGGAAGGAGAAAGCUGUCAUUGGCCUCGUGGUAAAAUGUUAGGCGGUACGAAUGGCAUGAAUGCCAUGAUUUAUGCUCGCGGUACUCGUGCUGAUUUCGAUGAUUGGCGUGAUCGUGGCAAUCCUACUUGGGGUUACGAUGAUGUUUUGCAAUAUUUCCGUAAAGCAGAAGAUUUGCGUUCGACUCGAGAUGGUUAUAAACCGGGUGAUCAUGGCGUGGGUGGUCCAAUGGGUAUUAAUAACUAUGUUUCGGAUAAUGAAUUUCGUGAAACUAUUAAGGCGGGUAUGGCUGAAAUGGGUUAUGGCACUGCACCGGAUUUUACGGAAGGUUCAUGGAUAGGACAAAUUGAUAUAUUGGGUACACAAGAUGGUGGCAAACGUAUAACAACAGCUAAAUCACAUUUGCAUAAGGAACGUAAGAAUUUACAUGUCAUACGUUAUGCUCAUGUUAAGAAAGUAAAUUUCGACAACGAUAUGAAAGCUACUGGGGUGACCUUUGUUUUGAAGGGUAAGAAAGAAUAUACGGUAAAGGUUACGAAAGAGGUAAUACUAGCGGGCGGUGCUUUGGGUACACCACAAAUGUUAAUGUUAUCUGGUGUUGGACCCUCUGCUCACCUUAAGAAGUUAGGCAUACCUGUUUUGGUGGAUUUACCUGUUGGCAAGAAUCUUAAAGAUCAUGCCAGUUUACCAGUGGUAUUUAAAAUAGACAAAUCUACCGCCCGUAAGCCCACCGAUGAAGAACUAGUCGAUGCCAUGUUUAAUUUAAUCAUGGGACGUUAUAGCAAACUCUUACAUCAUGAAGCUACUGCCUUAACUGGAUUUAUAAAUACCACCUCGUUACACGGUCCUAAUCCUGAUAUACAAACAACCAACUUCUUUAGUCUUAUGCAAUCUCCAGAACUUAAAGGCUAUAUCAAAGCUACUGGUUUUAAUAAAAAAGUAGCUGCCUCCAUUUUAAAAGCGAAUGAAAAUUCCAACACCUAUAUCACUUAUCUAUUACAUCUGAAACCCUUCUCAACGGGUCAUAUCGAACUUAGAAGUGCCAACUAUAUGGACAAGCCUCUGAUACAUGUCAAUUAUAUGUCCGAUGAACGUGAUGUCGAUACUUAUAUUAGAGCCUUGAAAAUCUACACAAAAUUACCGCAAACUAAAGCUUUUAGUGAGAGGGAAACUUCUCUACAUAAAAUUGAUCUGGAGGCUUGCAAUUCCCUAGCCUACAAGUCCGAUGAUUAUUGGAGAUGUUAUAUAAGACACAUGACCACCACGGUUUAUCAUCCUGUGGGCACUACCAAAAUGGGUCCCUCUACAGAUCCUACUGCUGUGGUCGAUUGGCGUUUGCGGGUGCAUGGUACUAAAGGUUUGCGUGUUGUGGAUGCUAGUAUUAUGCCCGAUAUUGUGGCCGCUAAUACGAAUGCCGCCAUUAUAAUGAUUGGAGAGAAGGGUGCUGAUAUGAUUAAAGAGGAUUGGCAGCAAAAGGGUUCCCAUAAUGAAUUGUAAAAAGAUACAUUUAAAAGUUUUGAAUAUUUGUUGAGAUUUUUUACGAAAAAUAAAACGAUGUUUUUUAAAUAA